AUGUUCCGUCCUACUGUUCUUUUCAAUGCUGCUGCCAAGGCUGCUGCCAUGAGACCUGCCAUGUCUGUCUCCCGUAUUGCUUCACCUAUCGCAUGUCGUUUCUAUUCCAGCGGUGGAUUGUCUCAAUCUGAUAUCGAGGUUCGUGUUUUGGACAUUUUGAGAGGUUUCGAUAAGGUGGAUGCCAACAAGAUUGCUCUUGAAUCUCACUUUGUCAAGGAUCUUGGCCUCGAUAGUUUGGAUACUGUUGAAGUUGUUAUGGCCAUUGAAGAGGAAUUCUCGGUUGAAAUUCCUGACAAGGAAGCUGAUGAUAUCAAGACCGCCAAGCAAGCUGUCGAAUACAUUAGCCACCGUGCUGAUGCUCAUUAA